UGUAAGCCUGUAACUGGUGAAACAAGAUUAAACGAGCAGGAACCAGUGAAAUCACGUGCUUCUAAAUUCAAAGAGGUGUAUAAAUUCUCGUACUUUUAUGAAAAAUUGAAAACCCAAUAACAAACUCGUGAAGUCACAAGCACGGGAGAGUUUUGCAGAGACAGAGAGAGGAGAGGAUGGUGUUUGGACAAGUAGUAAUCGGACCACCUGGUUCCGGCAAGACUACUUAUUGCAAUGGCAUGUCUCAGUUUCUUCCGCUUAUUGGACGGAAGGUUGCUGUUAUCAAUCUGGAUCCUGCAAAUGAUUCUUUACCAUAUGAUUGUGCGGUGAACAUUGAGGAUCUAAUAAAACUCAGUGAUGUGAUGAAUGAGCACUCUCUUGGCCCAAAUGGAGGCCUUGUAUAUUGCAUGGAUUACUUAGCAAAAAACAUUGAUUGGUUGCAGUCCAAGUUGGAGCCGCUUCUAAAAGAUCACUAUCUUCUUUUUGAUUUUCCUGGUCAAGUAGAGCUAUUUUUUCUUCAUGACAAUGCCAAGAGUGUCAUCAUGAAGCUCAUAAAGAAGCUGAAUCUUCGGCUGGCUGCAGUUCAUUUGAUUGAUUCCCAUCUUUGCACUGAUCCUGGAAAGUACGUCAGUGCAUUGCUUCUCUCCUUAUCAACCAUGCUACACUUGGAACUCCCACACAUCAAUGUUUUGUCGAAAAUGGAUCUUAUUGAAAGCUAUGGAAAGCUAGGUUUUAAUCUUGAUUUUUAUACGGAUGUAGAAGAUUUGUCCUAUUUACAAAAUCUACUCGCUCAGGAUCCUCGAUCUGCCAAGUACAGGAAGUUGACAAAGGCGCUGUGUGAUGUGAUAGAAGACUUUAGUCUCGUCAAUUUUUCAACUUUGGACAUUCAGGAUAAAGAGAGCGUGGGAAAUCUGGUUAAGCAGAUUGACAAGUGCAAUGGAUAUAUAUUUGCAGGCAUAGAUGCCAGUGCCGCAGAGUUCAGCAAAAUUGCAGUUGGUCCUGUUGAUUUUGAUUAUUACAGAGUUGCAGCAGUGCAGGAGAAGUACGUGAAGGAUGAUGAUAAUUUUGAUGUUGAUGACUAGCGUUCUGUGCUUGGGACUGAUCCGCAGUAUCUUCAACAGAAACAUGUACACUGCCUGUGAUUGUAGGAAAAUGGAUUUUUAACUUCUCCUGAGUUUCUUUCGCACAUUAGACAGUAAUGUAAUUAUUAUCAUCAUAGAAGAAGAAGAUUCAGUUAAUUAUAAUGUAAUGGAUAUUCCCUGGAGCGUAAUAUGGAGUUAUGGACCAAUGGAAUGGCAAAAACAACUGAAAUGGCUGGCUAAUAUGCCAGAAAACAGUGUGCAGAUGCCUAUAUAUUUACUUCGGUAUUUUUAUCGGCAGAACGAAAGUGUUACUUGGGUUUUUUUUUUUAAUUUUUGAAGGAUUUUUGUACUUGGGUUACUCGGCCCUUUUUUGCAUGUUACAGAUCUUGAAUUUCUUUGGUAAUUACAAGACUCUAUCCAGAUUAGAUGAUCCCCGGUUUCGAAUUAUAUGAUUUAUUUUUUAAAUAGAUGAUUCGGUAAAUAUGUUAAUGUGCAUUCCCUACGUAUUUUUUAAAUUAUUUUUUUUAAUUUUUAGGCAUGUUUCGAAAGAAACAUAACAUCUGUGAAAUGUAUCCAUUUGAUAUUUGAGCUGAGUCUAGCAUCUGUAAUUUUUUUGUAUAAUCGUCAUGUUGGGUUGCCUUUUUUAUUCAUUUUUCGAUUAGACUUAUGUGUACUCAUUUUCGGGAUUUUUUUUAAUAGAAUUUAUUUAAUAAUAAAAAUAAAAAUAAAUAGAGGGGUGAGCUGGCAAGUAGAAAAGCUUGAAUGCUACGCCUCUUUUACUCCCUCACCCUCAGGCCUCAGUCCCCCCACUAUAAAACCCCUCACAGUAUCUCUCAUUCUCCCCUAAAAUCAAACCCUUAUUAACAAUUAUACUUACACAUAUACUUACAAACCCAUCUCCCAAUUUCAUGGGAGAUCAUCUCACUCUCCCCUCUCCAAACCCUAAUCCCCCACCGUCUCUCCUCCCUCCCGGCUGCCGUUUCUUCCCCUCCGACCAGCAUCUCCUCUCCGUCUACCUCACCCAGAAACACGCUCCGCGAAGCAGUCGCGACAAUUCUUCAAUCCCCGAUGUGAUCAAGGAGAUCAAUUUGUACGAUUACGAGCCGUUCAAUUUGCCUGAUUCGAUAUGCUUUCGGUUCGGGAAAGGGGGGAGAAAGAGGCAUUAUUAUUGCUUUGUGGUGGCUAGGGUUAGGGAUGAGGAGAGGAGGAGAGGGGGAGGGGCUGGCUACUGGAAGAGGACUGGGAGGGUGAGGGAUGUGGUGCUGGGGGAUGUUGUGAUCGGGACGCGGAGGGCUUUCGUGUUUUAUUUGGGGGAUUUGGGGAAAGGCGGGGCGAGGACAGAUUGGUUUAUGUAUGAGUAUGCCCUUGUUGAGCCCCAUUUGGCUUCUUUCGUACUGUGCCGAAUUUUUGUCAAGAGUCGUAAAAGUAAUACUAACACAUCUGAGCGCCCAUUAAGUUCUUGCGCUCAAGAUAGUGUUGCAAAAGUUCGACACAUUGGCAUCCAGCAUGAUGGCACGGUUGAUUUGGUCCCUUCGGAAUCUAACAUGCUGGGAAGGAAUUCUCCACAUCGCAACAAUCAAGUUGUGAGGUAUCCAAUGGAACUGGUUAGGGGUUCAGACAAUGUAGUCGUUGGUUGGCCAGUGGAUUUGCAGUUGGGAUUAUCUGGACAUGCAAGUGCUAGAGGCAUGAUGGCUGAUCCCUUGACUGCUGAGCAACUGACAGCCAUUUUAGAAGAUGAUUUUCUGGAGUUGAAUGAUCUUCUUUCUCCGUAUCCUGGCAUUGACUAGUGUUAAAGAAAGACGUAUACUCAAAGAGAUAUAUGUGGGCAUUAUUUAUGCCAAAUUAACUUUCUAUGGAAAUGUUAUAAUGGUGGCAAACCUGACGAAGGAUAUAUAUGGGCAUCAAUAUUGAUGUCAAAUUAAAUUAUUUCUGAAAACGUUCGUGUUCAAGAGAUUUUGAAUUUGGCAGAUGUCUCAGGAGGUGUGUGCACACUGAAAAAUGAUACAUGUCAACUAUGUAGUUGAUUGUGUCAUUGUUGGAUUGAUCUGCCAGUUCAGAUAUGAUCUCGUCCUUGUGACAACUAAUAUUAGCUAUGCUGGAUAAAAGGAGUUCGAUGGGGAAGAUGGAAACACACAGUUUGAGCUGCUUAUGGGGAUUGAGCAUCUAUUCCAAUAUCUUUGCAAUGGUAGCUCAUAAUUGUGUUGAGAUCUUCCUUUUCGUUGCAUUCUUUAAUAUGACUUAUGCUUUGUAGAUUUGGUCGGAUGGUGAAACUAAAACUCUUUGGAUUUUGCUUGCUAUAUGGAACUUAUUUAGUUAUCGAAGACUGCAUAAUCUUUCAUGUGUAAUUUAGUAACUACACUUCCUUUGUUUCCGAGUGUGAGCGAGUUAUGUUUUUAGCAAGUACUAAUAUAGUUACUUGUUAUUUUAGCUCCA